GUGUACCUUAAUAUACAAGGUCAAGUUCAUUGGCAUAAUCUCUUUGCUCAAGAACUAUUAGGUGAUGUAAAUAAUUACAAAAAUAUAUGUUUGUGCUUUUGGUGGUAUAUUGCUUGCUUUUCGUCAAAACGAUAUUCUAGCACUUGGAUUACAUGACAUGUAGAAUGGCUUCACUAGUUCAUGUCAAUUUUGCCUACUAUAAAGCUGCUUAUUUGGUUUUCCUAUAAGCCCCUAUUUAGACAAAUAGACUUGCAUCAACUAACUGCCUAUUCCGUUUUUUUUUUUUUGACAGGGUUUUCGUAUUCAGAUACUUCAACAUCCCGUCCAAGGACUCGCACUUAUUUGAAGGCAGUCAUGGAUCAGUAUAAGUUUAGGACUACAACGCCAAGGUCUCCAGUUCGAACUGUUAAGGCGUCGCAAUAUUCGAGUACUACUCAUGACUUUCCUGCUCAUCUUAUCUCUGGAAUUUCUUAAGCAAAAAAAAAAAAGGUUGAUGACUCCGUGCAUCAAUCUAUUCCAACAAACCAUGGUGCCUUGGGUGUUGGAAAUCAGAAAUAGGAGCAACACAUUCAAACAGCUCCUUCUUACUCUGAAGUUGUAGUCGAGAACAAUACGACAGUAAGUAAGGCUGAUGUUGUGUUCAAUGCUAAUGCGACAAAACAAGAAACCAGAAGUGGCCAGAGUGGCGCAGGUCCAACAAAAUCCAUGAGUCUCAACCUUACAAAGGUAGCUGCACUAAUGAAUGACUAUUCUUCUGAUGAGGUUGAAUCAAGACCCGGUGACCUGUCAGUCAUGGUUGAUAGGUAUACAGUUAAGAAGGAAGCAGCACCGGUCCUGGAGAAGAUUUUCCAUAAGUAUGGAGGUAUUGCAUGGAAUAGUUCUUUUACUUCAGUGAAUUUUUGUUCAUCACUGUUGGAACUUGUUUGCGACAUCUAUAACAGAUUGGAGGAAACAAAUUUGCAAAGCAUAACCUCCACAAAACUCCAAUCUAUGCUUGACCAAGUUAGAGAUCUCGAGUCUGUCAAAUUAGAUGUCUGGUGGCUCCAUCGAAGGUUGAAUGAUAUCUCUGAGGCCAAGCAACUAGGCAAGGACAGUUGCAAACUGAAGGAGACAAAAACCAGGAACCUUGUGGUGAUGGAGAUUAACAAGAAGAGACUGGAAGAAUUGAACAAAGAGUUGGCCGCUUGCAAUAUUGCAACAUACCACGCUUUGCAAGAAAGAAUCCUCAAAACAGAAGAUGAGUUUCGCAUUGCCCGUUCUGAGAACGAAAAGAUAAUGCAGGACUUUGCACAUUUGAAGGCCAACGUGAAAGGUUUUCUCAUGAAGUCUUUGGUCCAUGACCUUCUUUGAGCUGCCUGGUGACCCUAUGAAUGGUUUUGUCACUACUUUUUAAUCCCCUUUGCUUGUACUAGGAGUCUUAUUACCCUUGAAUCAUUAGGCCCUAUCUGCAAAUGAGUUGCAGAAGAACUGAAACAGAAAAAGAAUGACCAGUUUUAUUUGCCACGAGGAGUGGAAUGAGCAUAGAUGUAGAAACACUUUUAGCAGCUGCAUUGCUCUUCAAUUAAGAGAACAAAUUUUAAUUACUUGAGUUCUUUUCUCCUUAUGUUUCAUUAUUUCAUGCAACUUAUCUGUCGUGUCUACUCUUUUUCCGUAUCCAGAGUACCAGUUCAAACAACUAAGCUUAAGUCAUUCUUGUGUAAAUGCAAGAUUUCUCACUUUGAUGUGCCACCACUCCUCUUAUCAGUUCAAACAAUUGGCAGAUUUUGUUGGUACAGCCGAUUAGCAAAAAUUGCGAAAUGAGCAAUACAAAUGGUGUGUGCUCCAGGAAGGGUAACCAUUUCAUCAGCUGAUGUACCUUUUCUGGUGAAGUUGUUGAUGAGUUCAUUCACACCCACGAAUGGAGAAGGAAGAUUG